AUGGCGACUGCGGAGGACGAGCAGCGGAUGCAGCUAGACGAAAACGAGGUCGAUAUCAACGACACCGAUUCGAGCAGCGAUGAUGGCGACUCCGGCGAUGAUGAUGCUUCCACACCCGUUUCCACACCCGUGGAAUGGCUUGCGACGGGCCGAGAGAGAAGAUCCACGGCUGGCAAUCGCAUGAAGUCGAUGCUUGCUGCGGAGGAACCAGAUGACGAGCUUGAACUCCUCUUCGCCGAGGAUGGCGACGACGCAGGUUUCACGGACGUCGAAGAUGAUGGAUCGGACGUACAUAUGGACUCGUCGUCUGACGACGAGGACGCACAAGAAAACGCCGAUGAAAUGGAGGGAGAGAAAGAGUUGGAGAAACAAGCCCGCGAGAGUAGACAAGCUGCGCGGAAGCGAAAGGCGCAAGAGGCCAUCCCGGUGAAGUUCCGGAAGAAGGUCAAGAUCGACACAUCACGAAUGGGGAGCUCAACACCUUCAGCACCGCAGCCGAAACCCAAGAAAAAGUCGGAAAGGACGAGCUGGCUGCCUUCACAGACCGAUAUGCCCACGCGAGCCUCAAGACGAGAGACGACGAUGUUGGGCAAAGAGCAGCUUCACAAGCAGAUGAUCGAGCGGGAAGUCAAGCGUCUUAAGCAGGUGGAAGCCAUGGAGCGGAAGGCCAAGAAGAUGGAGGCUCUCAAGAAACCACCCAUGACACAGGCCCAACGACUCGCGGAGGCCGCCCUGGUGGAAAAGAAGAAUGCUAAGAGUUUGAAUCGCUGGGAAGAGGCAGAGAAGCAACGGGAAGAGGAGAGAAAGGCAAAGCUGGCCGCUCUGAACAACCGGACAUUGGAGGGACCUGUCGUCACCUUCUGGAGCGGUGUUGGAGAGUGGAUCGACGGCAAGCUGAAGCAUGUUGGCAAGAUUGUCACGAUCGAGGAGAAGCCAAUCAAGAAGAAGCGAGCCUCUACUGCUGGUCACGAGGGACCAGUAGACUCAACAACCAAGGAGAAAGCUGCCCAGGUGGAGCCAACGCAGACCUCACCAACGGUGAAUGCUGGCAGCGGAGAUUCAGCGCCAAAGCUGGUAAAGGAGGCAGAUCAGAAAUCUGAAGGGGCAAAAGGGGUCGAGGACGAUGUCGCUCAUAAGGAGCCAGAAAUUGAGCAGCCGACGCCUUCGACAGAAACUCCCAAAGCGCCGCAGUUACCAACGCAACCAGCAGUUGCAGAGGUUGCUCCAAACCAGCCUGCCCCAGCAGCGGAUUCGCACACUUUGACUCCUACGCAGACUUCAAGUUCAGCAAGGUCCCAAGUACCAGCGCCCAAACCAUUAGGAAGUGAGCCUCCAACACAAGACCCUCACUCGUCCGCGAUGAAGCUUCCAGACCUUAAGCCACCUGACAUGAAACCACCGAGCUCAAGUCCGUAUACCACCAGCAUGUUUGCUCCACCACAGCAAUUGCCAUUGAUGAAGCCGCCGGAUAUGAAACCACCUUCGAACAGCUUCUUGGCACCGCCAGCCGGAGUCACUCAACACGGCUUGUCUAUGCCCAUGAUCGGAUAUCACUCUAGUCCUAACCAUAUCAAGACCUCUAAUGUCCUUGCGCACCCAAAUACCGCGCAAAGGCAGUCACCGCUCUCCAUGCCGCAGCCCCAAUCUCUUCCUCCUCCUGUGCCGACGCCACCCCGGCCUUCUCACACAACGCCGACAUCAACAUCGACAUCGACGCCCACACCCAAACCACCAACAAACCAAACUUCUCAGACAUCAUCUAUUCAAACCCCCAAGCCAUCAUCCAUCCAUACCCCUAAGCCAUCAUCCAUCCAAACUCCUAAGCCAACUUCGACUCCCCACCCUCAACCUAAGACACCUCUGAGUACUCUCAAAGCUACCAAGGCACAUGCUCAUAAACAGCCCAAGGAGACUGCACCACCCCCUCCGCCACCCCCGCCGGCCAAUGGCAAAGCAACCCGGAAUUGCAUCAUUCUCCAGAAUUUCAAUGAGGAUGCCGUUAAAGAGAAGGCCGUACAGAACCGUAUUCUGUUUGGCAACGAAAUGAGCAAGCUUCCAAAACAAGGACCGGCACCACGAUGCGCCAUCACGAAUCACCCAGCACGGUACAGAGACUCGAAGACGGGGCUUCCGUAUUCCAAUGCCUACGCAUAUCGGGAAAUACAGAAGCUGCGGCGCGGAGAGUACAAAUGGAGUCGUCUGCUGGGCGCCUGGGCGGGCAGCAAUUCUUCUGCGGCAAUAGGAGUACCGGAGAGAUUCCUGAAUCCUGAUGCACCUGGACCGCCGAAGAAGGACAAGGAGGAAAGGACACUUGAAAGUUCAAAGCCAGACGCCCCCGAAGCCGGUUCAACCAAGGCCGUAGAGACGGCAAAACAAGAUGCUUCCGAGUCAAGCAAAGUCUCAGCACCAACCGCACCAAGUGCACCGAGUGCGCCGAGUGCGCCGAGUGCACCGAGUACAGAGACAGCGAAUACUACCAAGGCCUCCUUUGCCCCGAGUGUUGAUCCUGUUCCAAAUGCAAUUCCAGCUGCGUCCGAGGUGCAGGAUGUGAGCACUACGAAUAGUGCUGCAGCUUCUACAUCGGUCGCAGAUCCCGUGCCGACUGUCACGUCGCCUGCGCCCUCGACCGCAACUCCUUCGGCUGCUGAGCCUGUCCCGUCGGCUUCUUCGACAGCUAUGGAUGGAGUAGAGAUGACGGCGCAGUAG